AUGUCUUCCAUCAAUAAAAAGAUCCUCGAAUUCCCCCACGCAGAGAACAAACUACAAGCUCCGUCCAAAAAAUCUCUCUUCGAGCGCCAAAAAGCAGAGCAGGAGGCCAAGCGCCUGCGCGAAGAAGCCGAGACGAAAGCCGUGUACGAAGAUUUCGUCAAGUCCUUCGAUGACGAGGACGAGGACUCCGCCAAUGCACAAGCAGGAUAUGGGCGCGAUGACGCGCCUAGGUUCGGAGGGGGAGGCUUCAGCGGCGCGCCGAAACGACAUUUUGCGCCGAGCGGCCCGGGUGGUGGCAGAGCUGGUGGCUAUGGGAUGGGAACGGGAAUGGGAGGAGGAGACACGGGGAGAGGAGGACGGCCGCCGAGUGGUGUGGGAAGUUUAGGGCCACCGCCGAAUCUGGGCAGGGGAAAGAGGACUUUUGAAGGGUUUCAGCAGAGGGAAGGGGGAAGAGGAACGCUGGCUUUUGAUGAUUAUGAAUAUGAGGAGCGGGCGGCGAAAAGGGCGCUGAAUACGGAUAAUGAUUUUGAUGGGGGUAGGGAGGCCGAGAGGGAGGAGGAUAGGGUUGUUGCGAAGCCUACGUUGAGGUUGGCUUCGCUGCCGCCCGGCACGAGUCCUGCUGUUAUUAAGGCGUUGAUGCCUGCGAACUUGAAAGUUGACGCGGUCAGGGUCUUGUCCGCGACUGGACCUGUGGUGUAUACGGAGAGGAAGAGCAUGUCUGCCAUUGUGACGCUGGCGAAGGACACGGCAGCGAACGACAUCGAUUCUGCAGUCAACAGUUUGCAGAACAGGUACCUGGGCUACGGAUACUAUCUCAACCUCCACCGCCACCUAUCAUCGGCAGCUAUCUCAAACUCUGCGGCAGUCUCGGCACUAGGAAGCGCAACGGCCUCCCAACCCUUCGGCGCAAAAGCCGUAGAUGUCACUCCAGCAGCAGGCAGAGCGCAAGCACCACCUCACCAGCGCGGCUUUGCACCACCAACCUCCUACGCCCCCUCUGCCCCCAACCAACCCCGCAACAACAGCCCUCUCCUCUACGUCCCCGUCCAGGCGCCUCAAGACAUCAAAGAAUUAAAAUUGAUCCACAAAGUUAUUGAGAACCUGCUCACCCACGGCCCCGAAUUCGAAGCCCUACUCAUGAGCCGGCCCGAUGUCCAGCGCGACGAAAAAUGGGCCUGGAUCUGGGAUUCGCGAAGCACAGGCGGCGUGUGGUACCGCUGGCGUUUAUGGGAAGUUCUGACCGGCUCCUCAAUUCAGCGGGGAAAAGGCAAAUACCUACCUUUGUUCGAGGGAUCAUCGGCGUGGAAAUCGCCAGACCAGCCACUAGCUUACGAGUAUACGACGCAACUUUCUGAAUUCGUGUCAGACUCUGAAUACAACUCCUCGGACGAUGACGAGUCAGGAGAUGAAGGGGCCAUGCGCCGCCAAGCUGGAUCAACCGACCCAAGUGCAUUUGGAGAUGAUGGAAAAGCAUACCUCAACCCCCUUGAGAAAGCAAAGCUCACUCACCUCCUCGCCCGCCUGCCCACAUCCACGGGUAAACUGCGCAAAGGCGACGUAGCACGCAUCACUGCCUUCGCCAUCUCCCAUGCCGGCAGAGGCGCUGAUGAAAUUGUGCAUAUGAUCCUCUCCAACAUCUCAAAACCGUUCGCUUAUACAUCCGCCAACCCUCUGUACAAACCCUCCAACAGCACCACUUCCACCACUGCGAAUCCCAAGCAGCCGUCAUCAGAUAGUCCGGCGCCAGCAGCAGAAGACGAAGAAGACACCACCCCCGCCUCCCUAAUCGGCCUCUUCCUCAUCUCGGACAUCCUCUCCUCCUCCUCCACCUCGGGCGUCCGACAUGCAUGGCGUUACCGCUCCCUCUUCGAAAAUGCCCUCAAGGCGCGACACACCUUUGAAGAGCUGGGCCGGAUGGAACGCAAGAUGGGCUGGGGGAAGCUGAAAGCCGAGAAGUGGAAGAGGAGCGUGGGCAUGGUGCUGGGCUUGUGGGAGGGGUGGUGCGUGUUCCCCGUGGACUCGCAGGAGUUCUUCACGCGCGUCUUCAACAACCCGCCCGCGACGGCGAGGGAGCUGGUCGACGCGCAGAAGAAGGAGGGCGGCGACGAGCUGGAGAAGGGCCGGAAGCGGUGGAAGGCUGUGGAGGUCGCUCCUAAGCCUCUGGGAGCUACCACUGGUGGCGCUGUCGCUGCGGAGAAUGCGGAUGGGAAGCAGGAGGAGGAGGAGAAGGAGGAGGAGGAGGAGGACGUCGACGGCGAACCCAUGGACGAAGAUGACGAUGAAGAUGUCGACGGGGAGCCGAUGGCUGAUGAUGACGAGGGCGAAGGCGAGGGCGAGGGCGACGAAGACGUUGAUGGCGCGCCGAUGCCGGCUGAUGACGAAGGGGGAGACGAUAAACCUACAGCAGCCGUGGCCCUCGACGCAGAUCCACAUCCGCACGCAGAGCCUGAAGCGCGCCCUGAAGCUGAACCUGGAUCUGAAGCACAGCCUCCUCCGCAGAGAAAGGCGCGAAGACCCAAGGCCGUAGACAUGUUUGCCGAUUCCGACGACGACGACGAUGAGGACGAUUGA